CCCUCCCCUCUAUGUUCCCUCCGCCCUCCCAGGGCUCUGGCGGCGGCGGAGUGAACGGGACAGGCCCGGCCUCAAAGCGCGGGGCGGCGGGUGGGAAGCUGGCGCUUGAAGGAGUUGUUCCGGCAGCGCCUGCGGAGACGUGAGGAGGAAAGUAAGAGAAUCACAUUGCUGAAAAUUUGGGAAACCCAGAAAAGAGGAAACCCACCAUCAUUUGGUGGAUGUGGAAAGACAAGUUUGCAGAACUGAAAUGGAGGUCAGAGCUUCAUUACAGAAGGUUAGUGGGUCAUCUGAUUCUGUGGGUACACUGAACAGUGAAGAAUUUGUUUUGGUUCCUCAGCAUGCAGAUGAUACUUCUACAAAAGAUGAAGAAAAACCUCAACUGAAGAUAGUUUCUAAUGGUGAUGAACAAUUGGAAAAAGCCAUGGAAGAGAUUUUGAGAGAUUCUGAGAAAGGGCAAAGCAGUCUUCUUGUUGACUGUCAUAGUUCCAGUGAGGUUUCAGAACAUUCAUUUGGAGAUGUUAUAGCCAGCCAAACAAAUAAGCCAUCUCUUCAGUUAAUUCUGGAUCCGUCUAAUACAGAAAUUUCUACACCAAGACCAUCUUCUCCAAGUGGACUACUUGAGGAAGAUAGUGUUUUAUUUAACAAACUGACCUACUUAGGAUGUAUGAAGGUUUCUUCCCCACGUAAUGAAGUGGAGGCCUUACGGGCAAUGGCAACCAUGAAGUCUUCCAGUCAGUACCCCUUUCCUGUUACUCUGUAUGUGCCAAAUGUUCCAGAAGGUUCUGUGAGAAUCAUAGACCAAUCCAGCAAUGUGGAGAUAGCAUCUUUUCCAAUCUAUAAGGUGUUAUUCUGUGCACGUGGACAUGAUGGGACAACAGAAAACAAUUGCUUUGCAUUUACAGAGAGUUCCCAUGGUUCAGAAGAAUUUCAGAUACAUGUUUUCUCCUGUGAAAUUAAAGAGGCAGUAAGCAGAAUUUUAUAUAGUUUCUGUACAGCAUUCAAACGUUCUUCCAGACAAGUAUCUGAUGUUAAAGACUCCAUUAUUCCUACCCCCGACAGUGAUGUGUUUACCUUCAGCGUCUCCUUGGAGGUAAAAGAAGAUGAUGGAAAAGGAAAUUUUAGUCCUGUGCCUAAGGAUAGAGAUAAAUUUUAUUUCAAAUUAAAGCAAGGAAUAGAGAAGAAGGUUGUGAUUACAGUGCAGCAACUUUCUAACAAAGAAUUAGCUAUUGAAAGAUGUUUUGGAAUGUUAUUAAGCCCAGGUCGAAACGUGAAGAACAGUGACAUGCAUUUACUGGAUAUGGAAUCCAUGGGAAAGAGCUAUGAUGGGAGAGCUUAUGUUAUCACUGGCAUGUGGAACCCCAAUGCACCGAUAUUUCUGGCACUUAAUGAGGAAACCCCAAAAGAUAAACGAGUAUACAUGACUGUGGCAGUGGAUAUGGUAGUCACGGAGGUGGUGGAGCCUGUCCGCUUUCUCCUGGAGACAGUAGUUCGUGUGUACCCUGCAAAUGAGCGAUUUUGGUAUUUCAGCAGAAAGACUUUCACAGAGACUUUCUUCAUGAGGUUGAAACAGUCUGAGGGAAAGGGCCGUACCAAUGUUGGAGAUGCAAUAUAUGAGGUGGUGAGUCUUCAGCGAGAGUCAGACAAGGAGGAACCAGUCACUCCUACUGGUGGAGGGGGUCCAUUGUCACCCCAAGAGGAUGAAGCAGAAGAAGAUAGUGAUAAUGAACUCUCAAGUGGAACAGGUGAUGUGUCUAAGGAUUGUCCUGAGAAGAUCCUGUAUUCUUGGGGAGAAUUGCUAGGAAGAUGGCACAGUAACCUUGGUGCACGACCAAAAGGGCUAUCCACCCUGGUGAAGAAUGGCGUCCCUGAAGCAUUGAGGGCAGAGGUAUGGCAGUUAUUAGCAGGCUGCCAUGACAACCAGGCAAUGCUGGAUAGAUACCGAAUUCUUAUCACAAAGGACUCAGCCCAGGAGAGUGUCAUUACUCGAGAUAUCCAUCGUACGUUUCCUGCACAUGAUUACUUUAAAGAUACUGGAGGAGAUGGUCAGGAAUCACUCUACAAGAUCUGCAAGGCCUACUCCGUGUAUGAUGAAGACAUUGGGUACUGUCAAGGGCAGUCUUUUCUGGCUGCUGUAUUGCUGCUGCAUAUGCCAGAGGAACAAGCAUUCUGUGUUUUGGUGAAAAUCAUGUAUGACUAUGGUUUGCGAGACCUCUACAAAAACAACUUUGAAGAUCUUCAUUGCAAAUUCUAUCAGUUGGAAAGACUAAUGCAGGAGCAGCUACCAGAACUGCACAGCCAUUUCUGUGACCUGAACCUGGAGGCUCAUAUGUAUGCAUCCCAGUGGUUUCUCACCCUUUUUACUGCCAAGUUCCCCCUCUGCAUGGUAUUCCACAUCAUUGACUUACUGCUUUGUGAGGGUUUGAACAUAAUCUUUCAUGUAGCCUUGGCUCUCCUAAAGACUUCAAAGGAAGAUCUUCUGCAGGCUGAUUUUGAAGGUGCUUUAAAGUUCUUCAGAGUUCAGCUUCCAAAGAGAUACAGGGCGGAGGAAAAUGCAAGAAGAUUGAUGGAGCAGGCUUGCAAUAUUAAAGUACCAACCAAGAAGCUGAAGAAAUAUGAGAAAGAAUACCAGACAAUGCGAGAGAGUCAGCUGCAGCAGGAAGACCCAAUGGAUAGAUACAAGUUUGUAUAUUUGUAGGUAACUCCAGCUGUUGCAUUUAUACGGGGAAUCUUCGUAAGAAGCUGAGAGAAAGAGAGGGGAAAAGAGAGAAAGUGGCUUUCUACUUUCAAAAAUGAGGAAAAAAAGGAAAAUGGCAAAGUACUGUCUUAGCUGUUCAUGGUCACAUCCACAAAGACUUUUAGAAGGUGAACUAUCUCAAGACUGGCACAAGGACAUUUCAAACUUUGUAGCAAAUGUUAAAAAUACAAACUCACUUGGAAGGAAAAAUAAAAACCACAAAGGUAUAUGAAGCA